AUAAAAACAAAAGUAGGUUAGUGGCGCCACCUCGCGUUAUAAAAGAGAACGGAAGUAAUCUCCCACAAUUCCUAGCGGCGUCCAUGACUUUUUUGAGGGAAGUGAUCUGGGUGAUGCGGCUGUCUGCGACUCGUGAUCCUCGGCUGGAUUAAUCGACAGACUUCGUUCAAUUUUUUUCCCGUGGAUGAUGCGCACCUCGAAGGUCUCCCUGCGUCUCUGAGAAACCGCCACCGUUGGAGCGAAACACACCCGGGGGGAAGCUGGCCCGUGACUGCCCAGCACCAUGUCCAAGCCAAAGAAUGCCCAGCCUGCGUUGCACAAGGUCAUCAUGGUGGGGAGUGGAGGCGUCGGAAAGUCGGCCCUCACUUUGCAGUUUAUGUACGACGAGUUUGUGGAAGACUACGAGCCGACCAAGGCCGACUCCUACCGCAAGAAGGUGAUCCUGGAUGGGGAAGAGGUUCAGAUCGACAUCCUGGACACAGCAGGGCAGGAGGACUACGCCGCCAUCCGGGACAACUACUUCCGGUCGGGCGAGGGCUUCCUCUGCGUCUUCAGCAUCGAGGAGCCCGAGAACUUUGCCGCCACCACCGAGUUCAGGGAGCAGAUCCUGCGGGUGAAGGGUGACGAACAGAUCCCCUUCAUCCUGGUGGGCAAUAAGGCGGACAUGGAGGACAGCCGCAAGGUGUCCCUCGAGGAGGCCCAGGAGAGGGCCCGGCUCUGGGGGGUGCCCUACGUGGAGACCUCGGCCAAGCACCGCACCAACGUUGACAAGGUGUUUUUUGACCUGAUGCGGGAAAUACGCAACCGCAAGAAGACGGACAAGACGGUCAGCAACGGGCCGCGCAAGAAGCCGCGCCCCAUCAAGAAGAAGUGUGUCAUCCUCUAACCGAAUACCCGCAAAACAAAACCCCUUACUUUGUUCACCUUUCCGCCCCCCCGUGACCUUCGAGCGUGUGCCGCCAUUUUACCGUUGUCGUCGUCUUUCGUUGUAAUUUCGAGCUUCAGUCGUUUGUUGUGACGGCACGCGCGCCUCUUUCGGAACGCGCAUUGUCGUUCCAUUCCCAGCUGUUUCAUCUCAAACACCGGGCAGCGGGCUGACCGCAGCCUCGGAGCCCCCUCUUCCGUUUAUACCUUUCCCCUUAUGCCAGUGAAAACGGAGGAGCUUCUUUUUCUCCAAAACAAGCCAAGUUUGUUUCAUGUUUUUCUUCUUCUCGUUGCGUACGUUAUAUUCGUCCUGUUACUUUUUAAAGGCUGAAAUGAUUCCAGUGUUUACACGAGCUUGUAGUGCCCCUUCCCGGCGAGCUUAACGGCACGCUUCCGUUCGGCUCGAAUCGAAAAGCGCCUACGACGGAUGUGGUUGCCGAGGCGGGUGGACUCGUUCCCUGCGCCGCGGCCUUUUCCGGACGCACUUCCGUCGUCUUAGGAAAGGAGUUGUGCCUUCGUGCCUUCGGCAUUUGUAUUUAUUUGUACCUCUGGAAAGAACAAACGGGCAAAAAGAGAAUGAACAGUCGAGGCACAUUCUGAACUUCGUUUUUGUAAGUUGGCAACCAAACGUUGCUCCUACAAGCUCACCAAUACGUCGAGACGCCAAAGGUGGUGCCGUUCGGAAUCGAAACGGAGAACACUGAGCGGUGGCAAACCGGUGCAUGACGUGCUACUUGGUUAAUGGCUUCCGAGACGAGCUGGUGGCUCUCUAAAACCGAGCGCUGCCACUUGUUCGGAAAGAUGCUGCUUGUCUCAACAAAAGGGCGUGGUCGCCGGGUGGCACGACAUGUAAUCGUCUGCUGCUCGUAUGUUUUCGCAUUAGUUUCGGACGACUGCGCCCCAAGUGGGAUUUUAAGGCUGUCCGAGAAAGGGUAGUAGUUUAAUGUAAGUAGAUUCUAAAGUGUGCACAGUAAAUUGAGGAAUGGCAUUUGCAAGGAAAAUUGUGCGAAGGAAGGCUUCGUGCUGUGGUGCAAUAAGGACGUUUCUGCCCUGUUGCCCGCAGCACCCAUUUGGGCUCGUUCUAUCGUAUCAUAGUGGGGAAUGCUGGUGUGUUAUUACUUGUGUGGCUGUUUAGGCUCAACUCCCGCUCUGAUCGGGCAAAUCAAGUUUCCCGCUUAGCAGACCUUUAGGCAUACCAGUCUUGGUUUCCUUGCUGCAGCAUUGAACGAGCCCCUAAAAAUGCGGAAAUGCUCCUCGCAAUUGGUGGCUGGCUUCUCUUGCUACGAAACCAGCCAUGGCCAUCUAAUCUUUUUGAGCAGCUUGGACACGCGAGCUAUCGUCGAGUUCCACACGUCUUUUGCACCCACGAGCUUGUCCACGCUCGUUCGGCCGUUCAUUUCGGGGAGAAACUGGCGUGGAGAGUUUGUGGUGUUCUGCUGGCCCCAGAAGCCAGGGAGUGUUUCUCGUGUGCCAAAAAGAUGUGUUCUUUUGGAGGGUUCUUUUGCAAUUGGAUGUUUAUAGAAACAAUGCUUUGGAAUUGGUAUAAUAAGCUUGUUUGAGCUCAAGGCAGGCAAUUUGGCAGGCUCUCAAGUUGAGCACAUUGAGGAAUAAAUUGUCACUGCAAGAGUGCACCUUGA